AUGUGGCACGCACUAGCUCUCACUGCUCUCUUCGCAGCGCCAUCCCUUCAAAGCGCCAUCCCGAAGAAGUUCUCUCCUCUGAAGUUCGCAAAGGAUGGUACUUUCCAGAUCGCAGUCCUUGAAGAUCUGCACUUCGGAGAAAAUGCAUGGGACACAUGGGGCCCUGAGCAGGACGUGAAUUCCGUGACGGUCAUCAAUAGAAUCCUGAAUGCCGAAUCUCCAGACCUCGUUGUACUCAACGGUGACUUGAUCACCGGUGACAAUGCCUUCCUGCAGAAUGCCACCGUUUACAUUGAUGAGAUCGUGGCUCCACUAGUUGAGCGCGGAUUAACAUGGGCAUCUACCUAUGGUAACCACGACAGUUCCUACAAUCUCUCUCGCGAGGCAAUCCUGGAACGCGAACACCUCUGGUCAAACUCCCGUACCGAGAAAAUGGUUUCCGGUCGUGAUGCAGGCGUGUCAAAUUACUAUCUCCCUGUUUACGCAUCCGAUGACAGCAAAUUCGAUGGUGCGCCCGAGAUGCUUCUCUGGUUCUUUGAUAGUCGUGGUGGAUACUACUACCAGGAACUCGAUUCAAAUGGCGAUGAAGUUGCGCAGCCCAAUUGGGUCGACGAGAGUGUCGUGAACUGGUUUACCAAGACCAACAAGGAGCUUGUGAACAAGUAUAAGAAGACUAUUCCUUCGCUUGUUUUCGUGCAUAUCCCCACCAAUGCUUCUCUGGCUGCGCAGACUGAGAUUGGAAUCAACGCCGAAAAGGAGCCUGGUAUCAAUGAUGAUUAUACCCUGGCUCAACAAGGAGAGGGUUGGUGCGCUGAUGGUAAUGAUGAUGGAUCAUGCACCUAUGGUGGCCAGGAUGUGCCAUUUAUGAAGGCCCUUGUUGAGACUGAGGGUAUCAUUGGUGUGUUUUCCGGCCAUGACCACGGAGAUACUUGGUGCUACAAGUGGGAUACUUUGAUUGAGGGUAUGGAUGUCAAGGGUAACGGUAUCAAUCUCUGCUUUGGGCAGCAUUCUGGAUAUGGUGGAUAUGGAAGCUGGAUUCGUGGAUCGAGACAGAUUCUCGUUACCGAAUCAAAGCUUAAGGAGAAGGUCAUCGAUACGUGGAUUCGAUUGGAGUCGAAUGGAACCACGGGUGCUGUCUCGCUGAAUGCCACCUAUGGUGAGGAUGAUUACCCCGAGACUGUUGAUCUCCUCUCCUCUUGCCCGACUUGUGAAUAUACCCUCUACUAG